AUGGUCGCUGAAACACAACUUGAGCCACCUCUACUGGACUCCUCCUUGGGGCUGAGCUCUACCUCGAGACCGCAAUCGCCGAGCACGCGACAGUUCUUACCGGAGGCUUCUAUUGUGCUUAUUGGCUCUCGAGGUGCUGGGAAACGGACUCUUGGGUUUAUUGGUGCUACACAUCUCGGUCGUCGUCUGAUUACGGAGGACCAUUAUUUUCAAGCAACGACAGGAGUUUCGAGGGGCGGUUUCCUUCAACAGCAUGGAACCCGUGCUUUCUACCGACGAAAUAUUGAAGUGUUGAAGCAGAUGCUGGACCAGCACCGCUCGGGAUGCAUAAUUGAGUGUGGCAUGGGAAGCCUGUCAAGCCCAGCCCACAAAGCUCUUCGUGAGUACUCGAAGACCAACCCCGUUAUCUACAUUACCAGAGCACGCCAUAGAAUCCGAUCGCUGCUGAGGCUCGGGGAUGAUGAGGCUCUUCGUCUAGAAGCAGCAGAUUUAUCCCAUCGUGCUUGUUCAAAUCUGGAAUAUUAUAAUCUUUACGACCCUUGCUGUGAUGGCAUAGACACUCCCCCGGAAAAUGGGCUCGGAAAUGUGUCUUCCAGGCUUAAAUACGUCAAAGAGGACUUUUGCUAUUUUCUCGACUUUUUAACCGGGCAAGGGCUCAUUCGGAAUAGCUUUGAGAGUCCCUUUUCGAUAGCUGCUCUUCCCCCAGAAUGUAGGUCACAUACGUACGCAUUAUCUCUUCGAUUAUCGACGAUCCCUGAUUUGGACCUGGUGGAAUUGGAAGCUGGGGCAGAUGCAGUCCAAUUGAAAAUCGAUAUCUGGGACCCGGAUCUCCAAACCGUGAUAGCGAAACAGGUAGCAACUAUCAGAAGAAAGCUCGGCGUCCCUAUCAUAUUCCACGUGGAGGAUUAUGCAUUGAAUGACUUGUCAUUAUCGGUGGAGCAGAAGCAGACCGCUUACUUUGAGCUUCUCGAGUGUGGUUUACGAUUUGGCGUCGAGUAUAUCGUGGUUGACCUGAGAUAUCCUUCUGACCUCAUUGCGCAUAUUGUUGACUGCUCGGGGCCGACAAAAGUCAUUGGGCAUCAUCUGGCCAAAGAAGAGAAUUCCUGGGAGUGGAACGACGAAUCCUACAUGAUACAGUACCGGAGGGCCAAAUCUUUGCGUUGUGAUAUGGUGCGCUUCGUUCGGGCUACCUCAAAAGCCAGUGAUAAUGAUGCAGUGGAAUCUUUUGUGGCCAAAAUCAAGUCCAUUCCAGACCACCUACCAAUCAUUGCAUAUAACCUUGGGGAGAACGGCCGAUUAUCGUUGAUUGCAAAUCAAAUCUUCACCCCAGUCACGCAUCCCCUAAUGCGAUCGACUGUCAGCAAAGCUCAAAUCCGGCAAUUUCUUCCAACUGCAGCUGAAGCUCUUCAAGCGCUCUAUCAGUCCAGUAUUCUGGAUCCCCUGCACUUCUAUCACCUUGGCGCAAUUGUAUUUUAUAGCCUGUCCCCAGUAAUGCACGCCGCAGCAUAUCGUGUGUGUGGUAUGAACAACGAUUUCCAAUCACUGGAAGUCUCUUCCCUCGAGGAUAUACGUCAGCUCUGUCAGGAUCCGAACUUCGGAGGGGCAGCAAUAACGCAGCCUUUCAAAGUACAAAUUUUGAGCCACAUAGCGGCAAAGAGUUAUCACGCGAAGGCUAUUGGGGCAGUCAACACAUUAUUGCCCCUCCGGAUGCUCCCGAACAAUAAAUUUCCGGAUGGCAGCAUUCAGUCUCUUCUCGACCAUGCUAACCAGAGAGGUAAAGCCGGUCCUGUUACGGGGUAUUACGGCGACAACACGGAUUUCAUUGGGAUUCUGACCUGUCUUCGACGAAAUAUCUCACCAAGGAAUGUCGUUCAGCCUUCAAAAACGACAGGCCUUGUUAUCGGUGCGGGAGGAAUGGCGCGAGCGGCAGUUUAUGCUAUGAUCCAACUUGGUUGCAGGAAGAUCUUCAUCUACAACCGAACCGUGGAGCAUGCGGAGGUUGUAGCAUCACACUUCAACUCUUGGGCGGCCGGCCUCAGCAAAGAUGGAAAAGUGGUCCAUGUACUGCGAUCGAUACUGGAUGAUUGGCCAGCGGGCUUCAGGCAGCCUACUAUCAUUACCUCUUGUGUGCCCGCGCGGAGUAUCGGAGACGAGCCUGCUGCAAACUUUGAAAUGCCAAUUCAGUGGCUAGGGAGCCCCACUGGCGGUAUCGUGGUCGAGUUAUCGUAUCUACCCCUAGAAACCCCACUCAUAAAGCAGAUCCGCCUAUUCCGCGAAGAGACUAAGCAGGCUUGGGUGAUUGUUAAUGGAUUAGAAGUUCUACCGGAGCAAGCAAUUGCUCAAUUCGAGCUGAUGACUGGCAGGAAAGCUCCCAAGAGACGUAUGAGGCUUGAAGUCCAACAACACUACCGUCGCUAUGAGUAA